CCAGUACUUUGCCAGUUGUAAAGAUUACGAUAUCACUAUCAUUUACUUUUAAUAAUGUAAAAUUUUGUCACAAAAUACUUGAAGGUUAUAUGUACACUGAAGAAGAGUUAAUCACAUAGCAACCAGAGGAGAUUAAGCUAUAAUAAUUGAAGAUCUAGCUGGCUACACACCAGCGCGAUGAACGUACAGAGAUGAGCGGAAAGGCGAUCGCUCAUUGGGUCCUACCUUUGGAUCCAACAAAUCACCUUCCAUUGCUACUUAACCGCGCGCUCACUGAGCGAUUGCGCUACAGGACUCAUUAGUGUAUGUACAUAUAACCCUCAAUUUUUUUCUGACAAAUUUUAUUUCGGAUUAUUAAAAGUAAAUGAUUGUUAUUUCUUAAAGGAAGAAUAAUCUUUAUUUGAUAGUUACAAGUGCUUUAUAUAAAAGGUACGUAUAUUUUAAAUAUAUAAAAUGCACAUAUAUAUAUGCGUGUAUAUAUGUGUAUAUGUGUGUCCCCGUUGAAAAGUCAGAUGGAAAUUCAGAUGCUCAUAUGUAUGUGGAUUUCCAAAAAUUUUGAAUGGUUUUGGAAAUUUCUUAUGGUUAUCCAUACGAGAUCCAUAUAAAACCAUCUAAAAUCUAUGAGAAUUCAUGCACAUGCAUGUGGAUAACCAUCUAGAUUUCCAUCUGAUCUUUUCAACAGGUGCGUGCGUGCGUGCGUGCGUGCGUGCGUGUGUGUGUGUGUGUGUGUGUGUGUGUGUGUGUGUGUGUGUGUGUGUGUGUGUGUGUGUGUGUGUGUGUGUGUGUGUGGUAUGUAAACAUAGUUGUAAACAUAAAGUUGUAAAAAAUCAACUAAUCACAGUCGAUUAUUCUUCGAUUAUAAGAAAUAAUUAUUUGUAAUUGAUCAGUUUUUUGCAAUGUUACGUUUACAACUACGCAAUUGUAGAAUCGACCUUUAUAAAUAUUAUGUUUGAAUGUUUAUAUACAUUUAUUUAUAAAAGUAAUUAAUUUACAUUAAUUAUGUAUAUUAAAUUAGUAAUGAGAAUGUAGCGUUUCGAAAAUGUUGAUACAAAUCGUAUUUUGCCACAGACCUCUGAAUAUGGAUCCAAUGAAGAAAAGAUACAAGCUUAUGUUGGAUCCUCAAUAUCGAGAAGAUUGGACAUGCUUAAAAACUCAUCAAUCUUGGAUGAAAAUGAAAACAGAAAUGAAUGUUGCAAAAAAUCUCUAUAAAAAUACCGAACAUUCAAUACAGGAUUUCUCCGACAUUAGUGACGAUAACGCAUUAUUGGAAACAAUUUCCGUUGUGAAUACAUUUGAUGACACGUACAGUACGCAUCAUACAGACGAAGAAAAUUGUUUCACCGAAGAUACUUAUAGUGACGGCAGUUUUACAGAUGAAGGGAAUAUCGAAUAUGAUACGGAUGAAGAUAGUGUCAUGCAUGAUGCAAAUGAAGUACAUGACUCGGAACACGAAGAGCUCCCAGAUAACGAAAAUAAUGAUGAUAACUCAAUUAUGUUCGAAACAUCUGCACUAACAAUUUCGGAUGUUAUGUUAAUGAUUACGGCAAUUUGUGUCCGGUUUAAUUUAUCAUAUGAAAUAAGAAAAGCAAUCGUUGAUUUAAUAAAAUGUUUAGCUGGACCGCAAUUUAAAACUUGGUCUAUGAGUAAAUAUACAUUAAAGAAGAAAUACGAUCCACCAAAAAAUGUAUUGAGUUAUACCUUUUUUUGUAACUUAUGUAAAGCACUUUUGUUAGGACCAAUAUCAAAAUUAGAUUUUAAAAAUCAAUUUGUAUCUUGCAAAGAAUGCCAGCAAAAACAUAAAUUGACAAUGCAAUCUCAAUAUAAAUUUGUGUAUAUUGAUUUACAAUUUCAAUUAAAAAAACUAUUAAGUAACUCUUUCAUUCAACAGUCUGUAAUUGAAUAUAUACACCAUUGCGCUGAGAAGAGAAAUGCAGAUGGUAACGUGACAUUAAAUGAUAUAUCGGAUAGUGUGCUGUAUAAAAGUUUGUCUUCAAAAUAUUCAGGCGGAUCGGAUUAUCUUCUUACAUACAAUUUUAACACAGACGGUAUGCCUAUUUUUAAUAGUUCAAAAAAAAGUAGUUGGCCGCUUCUGUUAAUUUUAAAUGAAAUGCCACCAUCUUUACGAUUCAAACAUGUAUUGUUAUGUGCUUUAUGGAUAGGGGAUAAAGAGCCAACUCCAACUAUGAUGAAUAUGUUUCUAAAACAGUUCGUUGAACAAGCUAUGCAAUUGUUUGAAAAAGGUAUUACAAUCCAAAAUAAGCAAAGUCUUAUUACAUUUAAAUUAUUGCCAAUGUGCUGUGUUGUCGAUUCUGUAGCACGACCUAUUGUUCAAAAUAGAUUACAGUACAAUGGCUAUUAUGGUUGUUCAUGGUGUUAUGCUCGCGGAAAAUAUUUGCACGGAACUGUCCGCUAUUUAUUUAACGAAUCUAGUAAUCUUCGGACUCACGAAACACACAUGAUUGAUGUUCGGGAAGCUACAGAAUUUAAUAAAUGUGUCAGAGGUGUGAAGGGUAAUGCCAUUUUAUUGCAAUUACCACAAUUCAAUGCGGUAUGGGGAUUUUCCUAUGAAUUUAUGCAUGGAACUUUAUUAGGAGUGUAUAAACAAAUUGGAGACAGUUUUACUUGUAAAGACUCUCCAAUAUAUUUAACUGCAAUUCAACGGAAAGAAGUUAACACUCGAUUAACAAACAUAACUCCGAUAAAAAAAAUACAACGAUUACCGAGACCUUUGACUGAUAGAUGCAAAUGGAAAGCUUCCGAAUGGCUUUCAUGGGGAUUAUUUUACUGUCUUCCUUGUUUAAGUGGUAUAAUACGAGAUAAUCUUCUAGAACAUCUAGCGCUACUAGUAGGUACUUUAUUUUUACUGCUACAGAACAAUCUUAGUGAAAAUGAUCUGCGGAAAUGCGAAAUAGAUUUACUACGCUUCGUUGCAGAAUUUCAGAUUUUAUACGGAGAAAAAUGUGUAACAUUUAAUAUUCACAGUCUAUUGCAUAUUGUGCAGUCAAUUAAAAUGGUUGGGCCAUUAUGGGCGAAUUCUGCUUUCGUAUUUGAAAGUACUAAUUACGAUCUUAAACAAAAAGUGAGUGGACCAAAGAGCGUUGACAAUCAAAUUUGCACAAGAUAUCUGCAAAAGAAUUUAUUCAAGUGGCAAGCAGAUAGUAUUUAUGAAAAUUUUGAAAUUUGCGGACAAUAUUACAAAUAUUUAUUUGCGAAUCGUAUGCAUUCUGCUUCAGUUAAAAUUGUUGACGAAACAGUUUUGCUCGGUAAUGGUCAACCAAUUGAUAAUGGCUUUAUGUAUCAACGAUGCAUUUAUAAAGGUGAAUUGUAUCACACUACUAGUUAUAGACCAGAAAAAAAAACCAAUGAUUCUAUUGUACAAUUAAUUAAUAAUGAAAGUGCUCAAAUAAUAGCAAUUAUUAACAUUAAUGAUCAGUGUUACAUUGAUGUUAAAAAAAUAAAUACGGAAAAUGCAUUUCAUACGCCUCAUAUAUAUAAAGUAAUAAGUUAUGGGGAACGCAACAUAAGAAUUCCUGUAUCAAAUAUAAAAGCAAAAAUGUUAAUAAUCAAACAUACUGCUUUUACAUAUGUUUGUCGAAUUCCUAAUAUAUUUAACAUGUAAAUGUUAAUAAUUCUUAAUAAUUAUUAUAUCUGUUAAUCGCACUAUCAUAACUAUUAUAUCUUAAUAAUAUCUAUUAAUUGCAAUAAUACACAUUGGGAGCUUUCCAGAGACACAAAUUGACACAGCAGAAAUUUUGUCCUUGUCUCAAACUAAAUAUCAAACAAAGACAGAAAUACUGCUGUGUCAAUUUGUGUCACUUGCUGGAAAACUCCCAUUAUAGUCAUUGUACUGUAAUUUAAAAAUUAAAUGGAUAUUAAAGUAUGAUAAUGUUGGUGUACGAAAUUUUUAGUUUGUACGUCUAACAUGUAUGUGUGAAUAUGCAUAUUACAUAUUCCAAUAUAUAUAACUAUGUAAUAAAAUAUAUUAUUUAAUUAACUAAUGUAUAAUAUGGACUGUAUGGCAUAAAUAAAUUAAAUGUAAGAAA